UUUGGAUCAGUAAGGAACGACCUGGCAAAUCCACAACGACGCUCCUGGACGAGAGACACGAGCACAGUCAGAAAUCAGAAAGCUGCAGGACGCAGCAUAAAAUAAACAAAUGAAAGAUGCAUCCAGUUGUAAAAUGGACUUGGGUUCUUCUUCUUGGAGGUUUGGUGACCCAAGAUUGCCUUGCAUCUAAAGCAGAAGACCGCCUCUUCAGGAAGCUUUUUAGGAGAUACAACCAGUUCAUCAGACCAGUGGAGAACGUCUCAGACCCUGUCACGGUGGAGUUUGAAGUCUCCAUCUCACAGCUGGUCAAAGUUGAUGAGGUCAAUCAGAUCAUGGAAACAAAUUUAUGGCUCAGGCAUAUUUGGAAUGAUUACAAGCUGCGAUGGAUGCCCGAUGAGUUUGAUGGAAUUGAGUUCAUCCGAGUCCCAUCAAAUAAGAUCUGGAGACCUGACAUUGUUCUCUACAACAAUGCUGUUGGGGAUUUCCUGGUAGAGGACAAAACCAAGGCACUGCUGAAGUUUGAUGGUACCAUUACCUGGAUUCCUCCUGCUAUUUUCAAAUCCUCCUGCCCUAUGGACAUCACCUACUUCCCAUUUGACUAUCAGAACUGCUCAAUGAAGUUUGGCUCAUGGACUUAUGACAAAGCCAAGAUUGACCUUGUACUUAUUGGAUCUAAGGUCAACCUCAAAGACUUCUGGGAGAGCGGUGAGUGGGAGAUCAUUGAUGCUCCAGGCUACAAGCACGACAUCAAGUACAACUGCUGCGAGGAAAUCUACCCGGACAUCACUUACUCCUUCUACAUCCGUCGACUGCCACUCUUCUACACCAUCAACCUCAUCAUCCCCUGCCUCCUCAUCUCUUUCCUCACAGUGCUGGUUUUCUAUCUCCCGUCUGACUGCGGAGAGAAGGUCACGCUCUGUAUCUCCGUCCUGCUCUCCCUCACUGUAUUUCUACUCGUGAUCACCGAGACCAUCCCCUCCACAUCUCUGGUCAUCCCGCUGAUUGGAGAGUAUCUGCUCUUCACCAUGAUCUUCGUCACCCUCAGCAUUGUCAUUACGGUUUUCGUCUUGAACGUGCACUACCGCACCCCCAUGACGCACACCAUGCCCGGAUGGGUGCGGACAGUGUUUCUUAAAGUGCUGCCGAGGAUUAUGUUGAUGCGGAGACCAACUGAUGAAGUCAGCAAGGCUGGAGGGUUGGAAAACAGUGGGGAGGCAGGAGGAGCUGGAGGGGGAGGAGGAGGCGGUGGAGUCAAGAAGAGGAAGAAUAACUUGACACAGCAGGUUGGUGGCGGUUCCCUAAAUUGUCUAGAGAUUGGGGACACCACCAUGUCCUCCAUGGAAGGUUGUGCUGGGAAAAAAUGCUCUUGGCCUUGCCAGCACGGGCAGGAAAGUCCUGAAUCACCAACAACUGUAAAAACGACACGUCAGAUGAGUCCACAGAGCAUAAAUUCAGUGGUGGCCUUCUCUGUUGUGUCACCCGAGAUUAAGCAGGCCAUCGAGAGCGUCAAGUACAUCGCUGAGAACAUGAGGAGCCGAAACAAAGCCAAAGAGGUGGAAGAUGACUGGAAGUACGUCGCCAUGGUGAUUGACAGAAUCUUCCUAUGGGUGUUUGUGACUGUGUGUGUCCUGGGGACCGUGGGCCUCUUCAUGGAACCUCUUUUUGGAUUUGUCUCGUAACCCCUCCUUAAUCAGGGUUUACUGCUCCCAUGAUUGGACCAUUCUAAAGAAAUGAUCCAUUUGAUGACAAAAAAUGUACUUAGAAAGCACUUAUUGAUUGGCUCGUUUUGCUUUUCGCCUUUUGCAAAGAGCAGCACACAUUUUAAUGCCUUAAUUUUAUGCUUAUUAACGCUGCAUAUUAUUUUACCCCAUUUACUCCCAAAUUAAUCCCAUGGUAUAAGAAGGCUUCCUCAUUAAAGUUUUAUAAAUACUUUCUAAACAAGACAAUUUUCCAUUAUAAUCGCUGCAAAUCAUGAAUGAAGCAGCUAAUAUCUGGCUUGUUUUAGCUAUUGCUGAGCUUCUGUACUAUUCAACUUACAUAAACUACUUGUGCGAGCACUUGGCAAAAGGCAACCUUAUUGAAGAUGGGGCAAUUGCUGAUUACAAAAGCUACUGCCAUUUAGAAGUUGCCAAAAGGCAAAACAGUCGGGCUAAUUAUUGGAGACACUUGUUUUAGGUCAGCACUUGAGUUUUUGAAACCUGACACAAAUAAUACUUCAAAAGACAACUCCCUACUGGCUCUGUUGAUCAUGUGUGUAUUUUAAUGCUUUCUUUAAUUUAUUAUAUAAAACAGUUUAGAAUCCCUUGCGAGGGAAUUCAAUUUAUACUCUUCUGUAUAUUUGUAGUUGCAUAUCACACCAAAAAACACAUCACAUACCCGCUGGCAUGCUGGGAGAAUUGUCAGAGUAAAGUUAAAAAUCGUACUGCUGGCGCUGGGUGUCGGUCUCUGAGGGCCACUAACUAGACUGCAUGUUCCCUCCUCCAGCAGGCCUGAUUCAAAUGAUCAGGACUGAUAUCAGGCUCUUACAGAGCUUGUUGAUGAGCUGAUCAUUUGGUGUGUUGGAAGAGCAAAACAUUUAAAGUAUGCGAGAUAGUGGCCUUUGAGGACCUGAGUUUGUCACCUGUGAGCUGGCGUAUGGAUUUAAUGCCUUGCUGAAAGGCACUUUGACAAUAGUCAGGAAGCAGUCUAGCAUCUGUCCAACUAUUCCUUUUUGUCUGUAGCAGCACUUGAUCCACCACACAUUUUUAAAAACUCACAUGACACAUUUCAUAAAAAAUGUUUGUUAUUUAAUGGGCUUUGGGCCCAUGUACAUCUUCCAAUGUAAUGCUCAAGUGCUUACACUGACUCAGCUACACUAUACACCCCUUUGAUGAGAACCAUUUUCAGGGUGUGUGUUUAGUUUAGAGGAACAAGAGGAAAACAAAUGGAGACAGACGGGUUGCUGGUGAAGCGUCUUGCUAACCCCCAAGUUUCUUCUACAUGAAAAUCGUGUCAGUCCUUUAGUCUCAAGAGAGAGAACCAGUUUCAAAUUAUGUUUAAAUAGAUGUCAACAACCCUGUUGUGUUGAUUUAGGGGUGCGCAAUCUAUUCUCUGUAGAUAAAGUGGACCAUGGUGAAAAACAGAUUUUGAAUACUCCCUUACAACAACCACGCGUCCCUCCCCGGUGACUUUUAUUGGAAUACAUCAUACUGAGUCUGAUUCAUUAAGCUGCCAGCGGUGAGAGACAAUCAUUCACACACCCAUCGCCUUUUGGAAUCAUUUUCAUAAAGAAGUCAGAUUUGUGAUGUACUAGCAAUUAAUGAAUAAGGACAGGCUGUUUUUCUUUUGUAAUUAGAAACCAUGUGUUUCUAAAUGUUCAUUGUGAUUAACGUUCCACAUGUUAAUUGGUUUGCCCCAGUAAAUAUUUAAUCCAAUCUACUUGGUUGGUUGCUCCCAAAAUAACAUUGCAUUUGUUCAUCAAGAAAUUGUUUUUAAUUCAGUGGUUAUUAAUUCUUGUUUUUCUUGCCACUUUUGAUUAUGUACUUUUGAUGCCUUGUGAGAGGCAUCAUUCAGAAUUGCCAUUAAUGUAUUGUAAUAAAAUGUGCAGUUCUGACUGUAGGGACUCAAUUUAAUUGGACCUUUUUGAUACAAUGUAUUAAGGAGUUUAUAAAAUGGGAUUUGCCUUUCCAAUGGUUUGACUCCGAAAUAGAAAUAAAUGUAAUAUUUCAUCA